AUGGCAGUGGCACAGGCUAUACCGAAAUAUAUGAUGAGAAUUUUUAGGAUAUUUGAUGGUCUUAUUGAUGAAAUGCACUCGAUUAUGGCAAAAUUUUGGUGGGGAUCGAAUGGGGUGGAGAGGAAGAUUCACUGGAAUAGGUGGGAACUACUAUGCUUGCCAAAGUCCAUGGGAGGGAUGGGAUACUACAAGAAUUUGGAUUUUAUGGCAGCCUUACGGGGCCAUGACCCGAGUUACACAUGGCGGAGUAUAUGGGGUGCGAAUGCCCUUCUCCAUGAUGGUAUGAGAUGGAGAGUGGGGAAUGAUACUUCCAUCAGGGUGUGGGAUGACUCUUGGCAACCAGGAAAGGGAACUUUUAUUGUUCCAACACCCCAACCUGACAGUAAUAAGGAGCUACGGGUAAGUGACUUAAUUGACUAUGAUAAUGGUUGCCGGGAUAGUGAUCUGGUGUCUAUCACUUUUACUGAGGUAGACAGGAGAGCUGUUAUGGAUUUACCACUAUCAAAAUUUUGGCCAGGUGAUAGGAGGUAUUGGUGGCCGUCACCAAAUGGUGUGUAUACAGUACGAUAA